AUGCCGUCUCAUUCACACCUCAUGGAUGAAAUUACCCCAUCCGGGAGCUUUUUGAACCCUCCCCUCACGCCGCCGCCUACGGAAGAGAAACGCUUGUCGAGAAGUACUCAAGCCGUUCUGGACUGUUUAGAACUCCAUCGUGCAGGUCAAAGGCCACCAGAGUCUUGGUGGCAGCGCCGGCUCACUGCGGACGAUUAUAGCGAGGUUUUGCGUAUGUUAGAGGGCGACCAAUCUCUUUACGGCUACGUGGAAGAUAAAGUAAGGCUCGACUACGACCCUUACCAGUCCCUUGUAACUAUCCGAAUGCCGACUCCUCUCCACGAUAUAUUUUGUGCGAACUUUCAAAACAGCGAUAAACCCUUCGCUGCUUUUGCAAAGAAGAUAGGCCAUAAAUCCACUAGCCGAAUUUGGCUGCCGAGCGAUAUAGAAAAUGCAAAGCGGCCUUAUUAUAAACGGAACCUAGAUGCACAAUACCCCGGUAUUAUCAUGGAAGUAUGCUAUACGAAUAAAGCUCGAGCUGCUGCGGACUUAGCAGAUGAUUAUAUCCUAGAUACCUAUGGGAAUGUGAGAGUGGUCAUUACCCUUACUAUUGAGUAUAGAGGGUCUAUAAAAGCGACUAUAUCUAUUUGGCGGCCAGAGCGUUCAAUUGUAGAUAGUGUAAAAGAACUUCAGGCGAUCGCUAAGGUCGAAGCGCUGCCUUUUCGAAUAGAAUCUAGACUUCUAGCCGAGGACCCAGCUAAGGGACCAGCAUUUCGGCUGUCGCUUAGGGACUUCGCCCCCACGAGAAUCUCAUAG